CCCUCAGCAGUGCUGGUUUCUCUUCUUGAUGCAGGCAGACUUCUCACGCACCUCUGUGGACAGAAAUCAUCACUCUGAGAAACGGGGGACUAAUGCCAUUGCUCCCUUAAAAAGGAAACAAUGAACAGCACGUGCACUGAAGAACAGCAUGAUGUGGAUCAUUAUUUGUUCCCAAUCGUCUACAUCUUUGUGAUUGUAAUCAGUGUCCCAGCCAAUAUUGGAUCUCUCUGUGUGUCUUUUCUGCAAGCAAAGAAGGCAAAUGAACUAGGAAUUUACCUCUUCAGCUUAUCACUGUCAGAUUUGCUAUAUUCAUUAACUCUCCCUCUGUGGGUUAAUUAUACUUGGAAUAAAGACAACUGGACUUUCUCUUCUGCCUUGUGCAAAGGAAGUGCUUUCUUCAUGUACUUGAACUUUUACAGCAGCACAGGAUUUCUCACCUGCAUCGCCGUUGAUCGGUAUCUAGCGGUAGUCUACCCUUUGAAGUUUCUUUUACUAAGAACAAGAAAAUUUGCAUUCGUGGUCAGCCUAUCCAUCUGGGUAAUGGAAUCCAUCUUUAAUUCUGUCAUUCUGUGGGAAGAUGAAACCUCUACUGAAUACUGUAAUGACCAAAAGUCAUUUACUUUAUGUUAUGACAAAUACCCUUUGGAGAAAUGGCAAAUCAACCUCAACUUGUUUAGAAUGUGCACAGGCUAUGCAGCACCUUUGGUCAUCAUCCUGAUUUGCAACCAGAAAGUCUACAAAGCUGUGCAGCAUAAUCAAGCCACAGAAAACACUGAAAAGAUAAGAAUCAUCAAACUGCUCAUCAGCAUCACACUGACGUUUGUCCUGUGCUUUACUCCCUUUCAUGUGAUGUUGUUGAUCCGCUGCAUUUUAGAGCGUGAUGUCAACCUUGAUGACCACAAGUCCGGAAAGCAGACGUAUGCAAUGUAUAGAAUUACUGUUGCAUUAACAAGUCUAAAUUGCGUGGCUGAUCCACUUCUCUACUGCUUUGUAACUGAAACAGGAAGAUCUGAUAUGCGGAAUAUAUUAAAAUUCUGCACUGGGAAAUGCAAUAAAUCACAAAGAAAACGCAUACUUUCAGUGUCUACAAGAGAUACUAUUGAAUUAGAUGUCCUCGAAUAGAAUACAAAAUUGGAGGGGAGGGAUUUAAGGUACAUGGCAUUAUAUCAUCACAAUUAAAUUUUGAGAAGGAAAUCUACCAUGGCAAGGGACUAGGUAUUCUAACUGAAUAUUUUAAUCCUGUCCAGUGGAAAUAUUGUUAAAGUUCAUUGUACAACUCCCUCCUUGACUUUGAUUAAAUGUGGCAUAUUAAACAAAAUUUAGUAUCUUC